UGAUAACCAACAAUGAUGGCAACUUCAUUUACACUCCCGAGUCUCACCAUUGAAAACCAGAGAAUCCCCAUUAAUUUUCUCCCAACCUACAGAAAAAGAUUCAAUUCAAAGCUUUGCAAUGUCUCCAAACCAAUCAAACUUGAAACUUCUGUCAAAACAUUUAGUAAAACCCAUCAAGACACAUCCAUAUCCAAUACAGGUGACAUUUCCAGUAAUGGGUUUGCUGAAAAUCUUGAUAGACUUUCUUUGAUUAGUACAAUAGGUGAAUGUAGUAAAAACAGAAAUCUUGUUCAUGGUAAACAAUGUCAUGGUUUGGUACUCAAACUUGGGUUUGAUCAAGAUAAGUUUGUAGCAACAACUUUAGUUAAUUUGUAUUCGAAAUGUGGUGAUCUUGAGAGUGCUUGUAAACUGUUUGAUAAAUCAUCUGAGUGGGAUAUUGUAUCAUGGAACAGUUUCAUCUCUGGUUAUUCAAGUAAUGGGAUGUAUAAUGAAGCUUUGAAUUAUUGUAUGCAAGUUUUUACUUUGGAUAUUGAACCUAACCAUUAUACUUUUUCUAUUGGAUUAAGUAUUUGUGCAAGUGUUCGAGCAGUUGAAGAAGGAAGACAGCUUCAUGCUUAUAUUGUAAAGAUGGAGUAUUUUGCGUACCCGGCUGUUGGCAAUUCGCUUUUAACAAUGUAUAGUAAGUUUGGAAUGAUGGAUGAAGUUGAGAUUUUGUUUAAGGAACUCCCUGAGAAAAACUUGAUUUCCUGGACUGCAAUUAUAACGGGAUUUUACCGACAGAGGUGUUUUGCGAAGGCACUGAGGCAGUUCUGCCAUAUGAGAGAGAGUGGAGAAGAUCCAAAUGAACACACUUUUGUAGUAGUCAUGGCAUCUUGUGGUUGUAUGUUCGUUCCUAUGUAUGGUAGGAUGAUUCAUGCGCAAGCAAUUAAAUUUGGUAUGGCUUCUGGUGUUUUUGUUGGGACUGCAAUCUUAGAUAUGUAUUCAGAAACUAAGCAAAUGGAUGAUGCAAGGAAGCAGUUUGAAGAGAUGGGAGUUUUAGCAUCUGAUGUAUCAUGGAAUGCGUUAGUAGCUGCAUAUGUUCGUAAUGGCAAGAUGGCGGAAGCGCUGGAAGCUUUUGAUAGAAUGCUAGGAAACGGUGUUUCUUGUGAUCAGUUCACUUAUUCAAACGUUCUUAAAGUAUGUUCUUCCAUACCAUCUCUUUCAAGUGGCCAACAGAUACAUGCUCACCUGAUUAAAUUCAAUUGUGAAUCGAACAUGCAUGUAGGAAGCUCUCUAAUAGAAAUGUAUGCAAAGUGCGGUAAUUUGGCAGAUGCAGAAUAUGUUUUUCAUUCCAUGCCAACUCGAGAUAUGAUCUCAUGGAAUUCGAUCAUCAAAGCUUAUUCACAGAAUGGGUACCCGAAGAAAGCUAUUAUGCAUUUCAGAAAGAUGACUGAAGAAGAAGGAAUCAAGCCAACUAGUAUUACAUUUGUUGCUGUUCUGUCUGCUUGUAGCCAUUCAGGAUUAGUUGAUGAAGGACUGGACCUUUUCGCGUCCAUGAUCCGAGAUUAUGAGAUUAUUCCAGAAGAAACACAUUUUAGCUGUAUGGUGGAUUUAUUAGGUCGAGCUGGCCGACUUGAGGAAGCCAAAGAUUUUGCUAGUAAUCUUCCGUUCAAACCCAAAGCUUCAAUUUGGAGACCAUUACUUGCUGCUUGCCGCUCCCACAGAAACUUAAAGAUGGCAGAAUUCGUUGCAGAACGGAUAACGAAGCUGGAACCAGGCGACCCCACAGUUCACAUUACUCUGUCAAACAUGUAUGCUGAAUCAGGCAGAUGGGGAGAUGUUGAUAAAAUCCGGAAGAUAUUGAAACUCAGUGAAUUGAAGAAAGAACCAGGUUGUAGCUGGAUAGAAGUCAGCAACAGGAUGCACAGAUUCUACUCAAGAGACAUGAAGCAUACUGAGAUGCCGAAAGUAUAUGGCAAGUUAAAUGAUUUAGUGAAGCAGAUCAAAGACCUGGGAUACACUCCUGACACAAGUGUGGUGCUUCAUCAAGGUGUUGGAGUUUCAAAAGAAGAGCAGGUUUUGUAUCACAGUGAAAAACUUGCGGUUUGCUUUGGGCUUCUGAACUUGCCGACUGGAAAACCAAUUCGGGUUUUCAAGAACCUUCGAGUCUGCCAAGAUUGUCAUUCUGCUAUGAAGUUUAUUUCAGAGAUCAGCAAGAGAGAUAUUGUAUUAAGAGAUAAUUAUAGGUUCCAUCACUUCAACCAAGGUUCUUGCUCCUGCGGAGAUUACUGGUAAUUUACCAGUGGUACUUUGUCAAUUACUGGUGAUUAUAAAUAACUUUGUCCAGGACUGAGACUCUGAAAUUGUAAGCAUGUUGACAUGUACAAUUACCGGAACCUGUAUAAGUGGGACCCGCUAUAAUGUACUCCCUCCAUUCCAGGAAAAGUGAUAUUUUCAGUUUUUCA